AAUUCAAGCUCAAAUGAAACGAUACGGUUGAAUGCAACAAAUCGAGAACGUCAAUGGAACUGUAAAUUUGAAAAGAAAUAAAAAAUGGAUUCGAUCAAAAAAAUUAUAUUUUUGUCGGUCAUUGGAUACUGGUCAGCAUCAGUUCGUUGUCAGAAUUAUUUUACGCGUACAGAUGUGGCAGACGGAUUGUCACUUCCCUAUGAAGUUCAAUUGCUGGAGGGAGAAGAUUUAUUCAUUAAAAUAUCCAAACCUGUAACCGGUCAAACAAAUUGUAACUUUCGUUCUCCCGGCAAUGAUGAUGUGGACGUGGAAAACAUAACAUCGAAUAAUAGAAUAAAAAAGUGGACAACCGAAACCUGUGGCAUUCGAGUAACGAAUGUGUCGUUAACAGACGCUGGACACUGGCGUUUAACAUCAUCACAUUCAAAUUCACGGGCUCGUGGUAUUACUUUAGUUGAUGUGAUUGAAAAUCAUUUAACUAAUUCACCGGGUCAAAUCUAUUCAACGUCAGAGGACAUUUCGCCGGAGGGAACGAGAUACUGUUACGUUUUACGGCCAGAUGAGGAAAGAGCCGAAUUUCCUCAACAUAAUGAAUGUUUGAUACCCGAAAUUGAUAAAGAACUUGAUGCCAACGGUGUGUGGAAAGUGAUAGCAGGCAUAGAUGGGAAAACGGACGAGCAUUUGUUUGAAAUUAAUGUCGAUGUUAAACAGGAAAAGCUCGAUGUUGGCGUUGAACGUGACACUGAACUAAAUAAGAUACACUUACGGUGCAAUCUAAUUAACUCGAAAAAGGUCAUAACAUUUUGUCGAUUUCUUCGGCUGGCCGACGAUGUUGGAUUUAACAUGGACGAGGGUAUAGGGAACACGGGAUACAGGUAUUAUGGCGACGGAAUUCAUAAACACGACUGUGGUAUGACAAUUGAGGAGCCAACGGACGUCGAUCGGUCCGAAUGGAAAUGCUAUGUUGGUUACACUGAAGGUUCUAACUUGCGAACUAUGGGUGCCAUUCUAGACGCAAGUGACACAAUAUUGGAUCCAGGAGAUGAACUAACUGCAGAAAAUGUUUACGCACUGAAUGGAACGAUUGUCAAGAUAAUAUGCAAAGCCAAACAUGCUAUAGACUAUUGUUGGUUUACACAUCCCAGCGGACGACGAAUAUCUGUAUCCGAUAUGUCGGAAUUGAUUGAUUCAGAUGAAUAUCAGUAUUAUGGAACUGGCUUGAAAUUGGGUGAUUGUGGGGUUAAGCUGAUGGAUGCAGAUAUAAGUGAUAGCGGUACAUGGUCGUGUCAUGCGGGGAACACGGACAUAGCUAGAAUUGAAUCGAAAAAAGAUUUCACCGUACGAAUAUCCGACUCUCACUUGGUCGCUUCGUCGAUAACAAAAGAUGUUAUGAUAGGUUCGCCAAUUAUAAUCGAAUGUACAUCGAUUCCAGUUAAUCUGCCAAUCGAACACUGCAGAUAUGUUCUACCAGAUGGAACGGGUUUCAGUUUGAAUGAGAACGUCACCACAAACAAUGCAAUUCUCGAAACGUAUUACUUCAAUCCGAACCGAAAACGUCGAGAUGGUUACUGUUCCGUAAUCGUAAAACAUGCGACCAAUGCCCACACUGGAUUGUGGACCUGUGCUGCGAGAGUAACCGGAAGAAAUGAAGAAAGUUUCGAUGAUUUUACGAUUCUUGUGUUGGAAAAUAGACUGUCGGUGGCUUCCAUUAUUGGAAUGGUGCUAGGCGCUGCAUUUAUAUUCGCUGGCGUAAUAGCGAUUGGCAUCCACGGUUAUAAAAGAAGACAACGGCGAUUGUUGGAGGAUGAUUCGAAUAGUGGAAUAGACAUGGAAUAAAAUUUCGUGACGAUUUGUGGAACGGGAUUUUUUUUGUUGUAAUUAUUUGUUGUAUGGUUGCUCGGAAAUGUUGCUCAGAAAAAUUUCUCGGUGACUUUGCACCAAA